AUGUGUGCUGUCAGACAUCAUAGAGCCAAAAAUAACAAUUUAGAAGGUGGAAUGCCAAAGAGUCGCGAUUUCUCUGUGCCGUUAGCGAUAGGGAUCGCCUUUAGCUGCAUACUCAUCGUUUUCGCCGUUUUUGUCGUCAGCUACGUUUUUGUCAGCAUUUUGAUUGACUCUGAAGUUUUGUCGGCUAAAUCUAGUCUCGCAACAACAGAAACAGCAGCAGUAGCAGAAGCAACAACUACUACACUAACUGCAACGACUACUACUACUACUGCCACUGCUUCUACUGCUACAACAGCUGCUACAGCUGCUACAACUGCAAGUACUACAACAGCCUAUGAUCCGGAGACGACACCAAUCUUUGCAUUUAAUCCACAACAGAUCCCAAGUAGAAAAGUGAAUUCCCCAAAAAUGAAAGAGUACCAAAAGGGAAAAAAACCGGUAGGAAAUAGUUUAAAAUCCGGCAAUGAUGAGAUUAGAGCAAACGAUGAUCCAAAUGGUAGCAGAAGAAAUCAUAAUGAUCGUUUUGACUUUCGUAAAGAUGAUAGCAGACACGCAACCUACAAAGACGUAGGAAGGCAAAAAAAUAUUGUUCAUGACCUCGUCCGGAACAAAAUCAUAACCCCACCCGCUUCACAUUACGAUGAGAAAUUAAAAAAAGACGAUCUACAGGAGGAGAAACCAAAAAAUGUUGGCGCACCCAUUCAAGAAAAGAACAUAAGACAUGAAGGUAACUCGAUGGCAAGGCAAAAUAUUGUUCAUCAACUCAACGGGAGCAAAACCAUAAACGUACCCGAUACACAUUACAAAAAUGGACCAAAACCUUGGGCAAAACAACGAGGAAAACGAGAAAUUAAAGAAAGACAAACUACA